CUUGUUUACUGAGGGGAGAGACAGAGAGGGGGAACCUGAGAGAGAGGAACCUCUGACGGGUCGAGCGAAGUUUUCGCUUCUUUUCGGCUAUCCUCACGCCAAUAAGUUUGUUUACUUAGCCAUCCUGAAUCCUGCAAACAAGACAUUUAACGUGUGUUGAUCGUCAAACCAAAAGCCUCGUUUGUUUCAGAUUAGCUGGGGCUAUUUGCUGAUCCGAGGAAUCGGAGGGCUACAGCGUGGAGUUUUAACACUUGAAAGCAUUGUGGUGGAAGCUGCUGCUCCUCCGUGGAAGCUACCCUUUUUCGAGGGGUGCAGUUUGUCUAGCCAAGGCUAAAUUACGUUUUGAUAGUUGUUUUCGUCUAUCACGCCGGAGCAGACGGCUUUUUGCGGAUUCAUAUGAACGUCGAUUCAUACUGAAGGGAAACUCGUCGCGGUUUUCCUGUACGCGUGCUCUAGAGGGGAUCUUGGAAUGUAUUCAUUUUCCCAUUCGCAUUUCUUCAAGGGCGAACUUCUGGUGAUAGAACGGAGAGGGAGAAGACUUGGCAGUGCAUGAAACACAGCGACCUGUGGAUUAAAGCCAGCUCGGCCAACCCUUCUUGGGUCAAUAUUUGUGUCCAGCAGGACAGUGUUGUUGUGGAACCAGGACAUAAUUCUAUGUGGUUGAUCAAUUAGAUCGUCACAUUGCAUCAUUAGACGUGAAGAUAGUAGACAAUAUUUAACUGUCCAAUUUUAUUUCAACUGGAAUUUUCUAACUGGUACCUCAUCAUUCAUGGUAUUAGCAGCUCCCAAAUAGUACCCCGUUGGGUACCUCCUUACUAGCGGUGUGGGAUUUCUUUUCGAAACGAGGGACUUCGGGAACUUAAGCCGAUGUGGAAUAUGCCCAAUGACUAUUUACAAUGAAGAUUUUCGUUUGCAUAUUUUUGGUCAGAACCCAAGAUCACGUCAUUUAGGCUAAUGUUCAAUUCAUUUUGGGGCGCAGAACAAAGUUGGACAACUAGACGUUUUGGAUUUACAAUCAACCACGUUGGACCCCUGGUCCUCCGGGGGACUUUGUAAAGUUUUGAAUAGCCUAUAUAUUUUUUUCUAAGUGAUAUCUAUAUAUAUAUUUUUCACUUUUAUCUUUUUGAUAUCUUUGUCAACUGAGACGCUGAUCAUUAUAUUAGGCUAACUAAUAGCCUAUCCUGCACGGAUUUUGAGUUCAGAAAAGCAGUUUUACCGUCACGAUGCGUCUGGAAAUGUCAGCGGUCAUUUUGGUAACUUUUGUCUACGUCUUGAGCCACUGUGGGUCAAUACAUGGAGAGAUCUGUCCCAGCAUCGAUAUCCGGAACAAUGCAGCCAACCUGACCCUGCUAGAGAACUGCACGGUGAUCGAGGGGCACCUGAAGAUACUGCUCAUGUUCAAGACUAAGGCGGAGGACUUCCGCGGCCUGACCUUCCCCCGGCUGACCGUCAUCACCGACUACCUGCUCCUCUUUCGCGUCUACGGCCUGGAGACCCUGAGUGACCUCUUCCCCAACUUGACGGUCAUCCGGGGCAACAACCUCUUCUUCAACUACGCACUGGUCAUGUUCGAGAUGCUCCAGCUGAAGGAGAUUGGCCUGUACAGCCUGAUGAACGUGACCCGUGGUGCCGUGCGGCUGGAGAAGAACCCCGACCUCUGUUACCUGUCCACGCUGGACUGGUCCAAGGUGCUGGACUCGGUGGAGGACAACUACAUUGUGUCCAACAAGGACAAACGUGAGUGUGGCGACGUGUGUCCCGGCACGGUCGGCGGCAAGAAACACUGUUCGCCGACCACCAUCAACGACCACUUUGGCGAGCGCUGCUGGAACCAGGACCACUGCCAGAGAAUGUGCCCAGCGGUCUGCAAGAACCACGCCUGCACGCUCAACGGCGAUUGCUGCCACGAGCAGUGCCUGGGCGGCUGCUCCGAGUCUGGCAACGCCAGCGCCUGCGUGGCCUGCCGGCACCUGAUGCACGAGGGCACCUGCGUGGAUCGCUGCCCGCAGGGCUACUACACCUUCAAAGACUGGCGCUGCGUCUCCUUCAAGUACUGCCAGGAGCUGCACAACGCGUGUCGGCAGCGCAAGGAGAAGGAGAAGGAGAAGGAGCACGACUGCCACGAGUACGUCAUCCACAACGGCGCCUGCGUCCCCGAGUGCCCGUCCGGAUACACCACCAUGAACUCCGCCGCGCUGACCUGUACGCCCUGUUCUGGACUGUGCCCCAAGCUGUGUGUUGGAGACAAGAUCGUGGACUCGGUCAUGGCCGCUCAGGAGCUCCGUGGCUGCACCGUGCUCAACGGCAGCCUGACCAUCAAGAUCCGCGGUGGCACCAACAUUGCAGCUGAGCUGGAGGCCAGUCUCGGUCAGCUGGAGGAGAUCAAUGGCUUCCUGACAGUGCGUCGUGCCUAUGCCCUCAUCUCGCUGUCCUUCCUCCGGAAGCUGCGCCUGAUCCGUGGGGAGGCUAAAGAGUCCGGCUCCUUCUCCUUCUACGCCUUGGACAACCAGAACCUGCGGCAGUUGUGGGACUGGUCCAAUCACAAUCUGACCAUUCUGCAAGGCUCCAUGUUUUUCCACUACAACUCCAAGCUGUGCAUAGCCGAGAUCCGCAAGAUGGAGGAGGUGACGGGCACCAAGUAUAGCAAGAACCAGAUAGCCCCGCGCACCAAUGGCGACCAGGCUUCAUGUCAGAACGAGGUUCUCAACUUCACCCAGGUCCGCGCCCACCACGACAAGAUCAUGAUCAAGUGGCAGGCCUUCUGGCCCACGGACUUCAGGGACCUGCUGGGGUUCAUGGUCCUGUACAAGGAGGCGCCAUAUCAGAAUGUGACGGAGUUUGACGGGCAGGACGCGUGCGGCUCCAACAGUUGGGUGAUCGCAGACGUCGAGCCCCCGCAGCGCUCCUCGUCCCCCGCCGAGGCCGGCCACCUCCUCUACCCGCUCAAGCCCUGGACGCAGUACGCCAUCAUGGUCAAGACGCAGCUGUCCGCCUCUGACGACCUGGAGGUACGCGGUGCCAAGAGUACCAUCAUCUACGUAACCACCAACGCCACCCGUCCAUCGGUGCCUCUGGACCCCAUCUCCUCCUCCAACUCGUCGUCUCAGAUCAUCUUGAAGUGGAAGCCGCCCACCGAGCCCAACGGGAACAUCACCCACUACCUGGUGUUCUGCCAGAAGCAGCAGGAGGAUAAGGAGCUCUACAGGCUGGACUACUGUCUCAAAGGCAUGAAGGUGCCGUCGCGCAAGGCGGCGCAGAACGAAAACGGUGACAAGCCGCAGAGCAACCAGACGGAGGAGCAGGGCCAGCCGGGCCACUGCUGCGCCUGCCCCAAGACGGACGCGCAGCUCAAGAAGGAGGCCGAGGAGUCCGAGUACCGCAAGACCUUCGAGAACUACCUCCACAACGUGGUGUUCGAGAUCAGAAGCACGGCGGCACCGGUGAGCCCCACGACAGACAGUGGGCCAUCCAGACGCCGACGCUCUGUGGGCGUGGCCAACGCCACAAUGGCCAGCUUCCUCACCACGCCCCCCGCCAGCCUGCUCCCGCCCGAGAACGGCUCAACAACGAGGGGCGACCCCGAGGACAAGGAGCCCGGCCAGCGGCUGGUGCUCAACGUCUCGAAGGAGUCGGCCGUCAUCUCUGGCCUGCAGCACUUCACCAGCUACCAGAUCGAGAUCCACGCCUGCAAUCACCCCACCGAAGUUAAGCGCUGCAGCUUGGCCACUUUAGUCAACGCCCGCACCAUGCCUGAACCAAAAGCUGAUGAUAUCACUGGUCCGGUGACCUACGAUAUGCUGCCAGAUGAACCUGAGUUGGUGUACAUCCGAUGGGAGGAGCCGAAAGCCCCAAACGCGGUCAUCAUCCUUUACGAAGUCAGCUACAAGAGGCUCUCGGACACCGAAGAUACGACUCCCAAAUGUGUGUCUCGGACCACCUAUGACAAGCUGAAAGGCUUUAAGCUGCGCGUGGUACACCCAGGAAACUACAGCGUGCGCAUCCGUGCCACCUCUCUGGCCGGCAACGGCUCCUGGACGGACUACACCUACUUCUUUGUGCCGGACAGAGACUUGAGCAUGAAGGUCAUCAUCGCUCCCGUGGUCUGCUUCGUCUUUCUGCUGUGCAUCGGAGGCACAGUGUUCGUCAUGUUCAAGAAGAAGCAAAUUGAAGGCCCCAGUGGCCCUCUCAUAGCCUCUUCCAACCCAGAGUACAUCAGCGCCAAUGAUGUCUAUGUUCCGGAUGACUGGGAAGUUCCGCGGGAGAAGAUCACAGUGCUGCGGGAACUUGGGCAGGGUUCCUUCGGCAUGGUCUACGAAGGCAUCGCCAAGGACAUCGUCAAGGGAGAACCGGACACCCGCGUGGCCGUGAAGACGGUCAACGAGUCGGCCAGCCUGCGUGAGAGAAUCGAGUUCCUUAACGAGGCCUCGGUGAUGAAGGCUUUCAGCUGCCACCAUGUGGUCCGUCUGCUGGGGGUGGUGUCCAAGGGUCAGCCCACGCUGGUCGUCAUGGAGCUGAUGACUCACGGCGAUCUGAAGAGCUACCUGCGCUCUCUGAGACCAGACGCUGAGAAUAACCCAGGGCGCCCGCCACCUACUAUAAAGGAGGUGAUUCAGUUGGCGGGCGAGAUAGCUGACGGCAUGGCCUACCUCAACGCCAAGAAGUUUGUCCACAGAGACCUGGCAGCCAGAAAUUGCAUGGUGGCUGAGGAUUACACAGUGAAAAUUGGAGACUUUGGCAUGACCAGAGACAUCUAUGAGACUGAUUAUUACCGGAAAGGUGGGAAGGGUCUGUUGCCCGUCAGGUGGAUGGCCCCAGAGUCCCUGAAAGACGGAGUCUUCACCGCCCGAUCAGACUGCUGGUCUUUCGGGGUGGUGUUAUGGGAGGUUAGCACGCUAGCUGAGCAGCCCUACCAAGGGCUCUCCAAUGAGCAGGUGCUGAAGUUCGUCAUGGACGGGGGAUACCUGGACCGACCAGAUAACUGCCCAGAGAGAAUACACAACCUGAUGCAGAUGUGUUGGCAGUACAACCCGCAGAUGCGGCCCAGCUUCCAGGAGAUCAUCGACAUGAUCAAGGACGACCUGCACCCCUCCUUCCAGGAGCUAUCCUUCUUCUACAGCGAGGAUAACAAGCCACCGGAGACCGAGGAGUUUGACAUGGACUUCGAGAACAUGGAGAGCAUCCCGCUGGACCCGUCGUCCUACUCGCAGCGCGAGGACAACCUAAGCAGAGACAAUGGCCCCUCGGUGGGUCUGCGGGGCAGCUACGACGAGCACGUGCCCUACACGCACAUGAACGGGGGCAAGAAAAAUGGAAGAAUCCUUUCGUUGCCCAGAUCGAGCCCAUCCUAACGUUUUCUGAUUGACUAUUUUGUCUAGUUCGCUCUCUCUCUCUCUUCCUCUUCCUCUAACUUUCUCUUCUUUCCUGUCCUCUCACCUGUCCCUCGUUUUUCUAAUAAUUAUUAUUUUUUAUGAUUUACAAUACGUUAUGCAGAUGCCCUUCAAAACAAAAACACAGAUCUCAGGACUUUUUUUUUUCCUUUUUCUCCUUCAUCGCUACCACGUGCAUGCACACCUUUAACUAAGAACCAUUCAUGCGGAUCAUCUACAACUUUCCUUGGCUUUCGAUUAUUUUUGUCUCACUCUUUUGCCAAGUUUCCAAGACUGGUCAGUGGGGGGAAAACUAAAGACAGACAAGACAAAGCGAACUGUGAACAGACACUACACAAACCAGAUGACUGCCUCGUGUUUGACCUCCUCGGACUUUCCCGUCUCUCCUCGGAGAAUUUUCUCGUUCACUUUCUUUACUGAAAUCUUUUCAUAUGGUGGCCUUUUUUUAUAUGUGGCCUAUAAUCAAAGAGAAGUGUCUAUCAGUGCUUGUAUUCAUUUCCUUUGAACAACUGAUUGAAGAGUUUGGAAUCUGUGGGGUAGUAGAGACUCUUAGAACAAACAUCCUAUUUGUAGAGGAAGCUUUUGUCCUGCAGAAUUCCAAACCUCACGCGGAUACAUGCGGUGUUUGUUGGUGAAAAAAAUAAUUAAUUUAUUUGCUUUAUUUUUGUUUCUCCUUUCAGUUUUGUUUCUGUGUCCUUGCAUUAUGGCUGAAGGAUAUUUAAACAGUUAAGAAUUUGACAAAAUAGUCCAUCAAACUGACCAAUAGCUGCUGCUUUGAUAUAUCAUAUAGUGGGUAUAGUGUAAACAUAUAAUAUAUAUGUGAUGUAUAAAAUAUUGACACAUCAGUAUUUUAUAUAUCUAGAUACAUGAUGUUGAUUUUUCUUUUCUAUAUUGUUAAUUUUUGUAUUACUUUCAUCAGAAGCUUUGCUCUUAAGAUAUUUUUUCAAUCAUCUGUUCAUUAUGUUAUGAAAAUGACUCUAACCCCCUGCAAAAAGUCAUACUAAUUCACCUACAGUGCUCUAAGUUGCCCACUAGGGUUGUUUUUGGCUAUUAUAAAUGCACGGGAGAGGCUAGGUGUUCGGAUUCAAAAAGAUGAUUCUUUCCUAGACUGCAUGCAACAAACUCUCAUAGUAACAAUUUGGCUUGUUGCUGUACCCGGUUUGCUGAUGGUGUUGAGGUCCAUAUUGUCAGAGAAUCACCCCCUUGUUAUUUGAAGUACGUUGUGUUUGAUGUCAGAAAUGUUUUGUUUUGUCUCUAGCUGAGACUGUAGUCUAUGGUUGUCCGUGUUGUUUUGUCUAAUUCCUAUAUUAUGUAACAACAUCGUAGACUGAUGUUGGGCUGUUGGGCGUCAUCAUCAAUGGGGGAGAAAUUAUUUGCUUUGAGUGCUUGUUUUGGCCGGAUGAUUUGAAAGCUUAGUCUGGACUUUUUUUCUGCUAAUGUGAAGUAUGCACACAUCUGCUUACCAUCGUAUCACUGAUGAUCCCCCAGCUCUGUAACUACCAUCUCUGAGAGCCAGAGGUUUCUUUGAUUGUGAGCAAUUGUCUGUAAGGAGAACCCCUCCUCUGAUCUUGGCAUAUCCACCCACUAGAUGAGGAAGAGGCAACUCUAAUUCUUCUCACUGCAGCGAAGAGGCCACCAAACUCUAGAAUCGGCCAUGCUCUUGGUCGUGUGGUUAAGAACGCUCUAGAUUUCCUGUCUAGCUGUACAUUGAGCAGUGAGCUCUUCAGGAUGGCGUGGUUGCAUAGGUGUGUGGGAGGCUGUUAGGGUGUUGCAGUGACACAGUGAGGCAGGAGACUACGCUAUGUAGUUCAGGACUCCUCAUAGAAGCGGAGCUUGCUCUCAUUGAGGACAGACAUUCCUGGGUUGUAGUGUGUUGCCCAAUGUCACUGCCUCUCUUUCCCCUCAGGCAAUAUUGGGGGGUGAGUAGCAGAUGCUCUUAAGUCUCAGUUCUGGUCGUUUCUAGAUUCUGAGGGUCCUCAGCUUCAGGGGGUUGAUGGAGCUCCAAUCUGACAUUGAUCUGACAUGAGGCUGUUUUCCAUCACACUAGCUUAUAUUUGAAGAUACUAGACAAAUUAGUUCUGCCCCGCAUGUUUGUUUUCAGUGAAGGGUUCAGACAAUGUUGAUGUUAAUGUCAGAUGGUAAUUUUUUAGAUUGGGCGCUGAAGACAGGUUAAGUAAAAGAGGCAUUCUUUUAUGCCUGCCAGGGUUUCCAGCUGCCUUUGUGUAUGGUCCACCCUAAGUCCACAUGAGUGUCCACCCUUACAUCAGAUGUCCAGUAGUCGUGAAAACAUUCCUGCGCUUAAUCAGGCUCGUUGUUCUUAUGGGAGCUAUACACACUCACUCAUCAGACAGGCAGCACUCACACCUUGAACAGCAUCUGUGUGGAAGGGUCUCUGGCCCACGCUGGUUCAUUUCUCCCCUGACCACAGUUGCUCAUGUCCAUCAAGGGGGAACUUAAGCGACAGCAAGGCUCCAGCAGUCAGGAAGAGAUAAGAAAUCUCCCACAUGGACCUGAAUAAUAGUAGCCACUAUACAGUUUUCAGUCUUCAGGUGAUUAGCUGGUGUAUCAAACACAUAAUAAUGACCCCUCCAGGUGGAUCUCUCUCUAGACAAAGCAUGCCUCGGCCUCCAAGUUGUGCCUUCUGCAAGAGCCCAAGGUAGUGGCCACAAGACAGGGGGCAGUGGGUGAUGCCCAAGCUUAACUUGGUUAAUAUUUAUCCACAUCUGUGCACACUUGGCUUGGUGUACAUAGUGUGUUUGUGAGUGUAUAUAUUUAUGUGCGUAGAGCGGGGUUGGCGAGAUGUGAGGAGUCGGCCUCCAGUCUACUUCUGGAGCUGCAAGCAGGAGUGUGGGGACUGACAAGGACUUGCUGCUGUUAAACCAGCAUACUCAGUUUUUGUUUUUCAAGAUGUAAAUCUAAUUACCGGACUACAGUGCUUUACGAUAUCGUCACCAUCCGCAUCAGUUUCCUUUUUUUUUCAUCGGCUAUUUUCCAGGUUUGUAAAUAAUAAAUAAGAUGUUUUAAGUUAAAGGAAAAAAGCUAAACAAUUACACCCACACAAUUUCGCACACACACUACCAUGACAAAAGACAGAUAUGUUUAGUUUGUCAUGGUUGUCAAGUUAAGUGUAUGUGCGAAUUUCUAAUUCAGAAGAUUAGCAUAUCUUUGAAAAGGCAGAUGAUAUUUUAUUUAUUUUUAUUAUAAUCAUUGUAUAAAACCCAGCUAGCUUUUUACUACAAGUUUUAAGAAUUAUUCAGUGUUGGGUAAAAUAGUGUUUUCUCUCCUGUUUAGUUUUUUUCCAUUGUUUGAAAAGAGAGUUACAGCUAGAGGGGGAGAAUGAGUUUGGUGUUGUGGUAAAUUCUUUUGUUGUUGUUAUUUUGAUCGGACGCAGUCUACCUCAGUAUGUAUGAAAUUUUAGUCAAGCCUUGCUUCUCUCGCUAGCUCUCUCUCUCUCUCUCUCUCUCUCUCUCUCUCUCUCUCUAUCUAUCUCUCUUUCUCUCUCUCUCUUUCUCUCUGUCUCUCUCUCUCUCUCUAUCUCUCUUUCUCUCUCUCUUUCUCUCUGUCUCUCUCACUUUCUCCCUCUCUUUUAUCCCUCACGCUGUCCUCCUACCCAUCUCAGUGUUUUAACAUGGUCGUUUUGGCAGAUGUCAGACUUGUGAGUCUGUUCACCUGCUCUGAUCAUCCUAAAGAGGGCUUAUCACUGAUGACAUGAGAAACUGACAAAUUCAAAGAUGAUAACACGUCUCUCGCAGAACUCUGCAAUCUAAUCUCAAAUUGGCUCUCCCUGUUUUAAUUCCGUUUGUAUUAGCAUGUAUUCAAAAGUUUGGUGACAGAGUUUUCCUCAAGGCAACAUUUACUAAUUAAUGACUAUGACUGUGUCAAAAAGUAUUAGAAAGCACAAUAGAGAAGCAUUUUUUGUGGGGAUGCUCUGUUUAGUGUAACUGUGCCAUGGAUUGCUAUAAUACUGUAUACCAGCACUUAUGUGAAAGGUGGCAGUCCAGAGUUUUUACAUUUUGGACCUGUUCAUCCAAUUUCAAUUAGCUAGCACUUCUUGCAACUAUACCAAGCUGUAGAUUCCAAAUUGCCCAAUUAUAAUAUGAUUUAUGAAAUUCUGUGUAUGGGGCAUGUAAUUAACUUUGUGGUUAGAUUACCAGAGGGGGAGAUGCAUGAGUGUGGUCAAUACCAUGUUCACUAUGCUCCUGAUUUUGCUCUUAAUAAUGGUUCACGACCAACUGAACUUUCCUUGCUCCUCUAACGGUAAUAGGAAAUAGUAGGUUGUGCAUGGACACAGACAUCAUAUUCUAGUACCAAAUAAAGCCUUGUGCUGUGGGAGAUGGGAAUUUGUGGCACAGUUCUGUCCUACAGCGCUUGACAGUAAGAGGGCUGAUUUGGUGAAUACAUAUCUUUCACUAAGCGAGAAAGAAAUUCAAUUUGGACCCAAUGCCUUCUGGUUUAUGCUAUGAAUGUGAUUCUUGUUAGUUUUAUGUUUGUGUUCUGGUUUUUUUGACUUCUUGUUAAUGUACUUUUUCUACUGUGAAUUAUCAAGAACCAUCUUACAACAAUGCCAUAGAUUGGGGGGUUGGGGACAUACCAUACAGCAUGCCUCCAUUGUUUCCGAUUGGAUUCUCUUCGAUAGGGGGCGGCGCGCUCUGUUGGGACAAUCCCAUGUGCCAUAAAACGUUAAACUCUGAAGUGAAAAUCUGGCUUGGGGUGAGCGGUACUCAGGGAAGUCUGAUUCUUUAGGGUUAGAAGGGAUGGGACAUGACUGAAGUACCUGUUUGGAGAGGAUGGCAAAAAAGCCAAUCUCUGCCUUUAGCAAGGGUAAUCAAGGUAGUGCUGCUGAACCUUUUGCAAGUCUGUUGGGAGAAAGUUAAAAGAAAAACAACUCCCCCCUGGUUGCUCAUGAACACUGGCUGAAUGUUUACUGCCCUCUGAUGGACAAAUGUAGUAGUACAACAGCGGGAAGGCAGAGUGAAGCCAGUCCUCCCACCCAUAGUGCCUUGUGCAGAUUUCUCAAGCGUCCUCCCAACCAGACCCUCUCAACUCAAACCGAUUGUCUCCAAAGUCGCUCAUGGACUUGGGCAGACACUUGACUGGAGUUUUAACCACGCCACAUUGUGCAUCCUCAAAAGUGCAUCUUUCAAAGACAAGCUGAGAGAUUUCGUAACAUGAUAGUUGUAGAUAAAAUGCAAACAUGACACACACACACACACACACAAAUAUAUCACAUCUUCCUGCUUGGCUCCAUGUUACUGUAUUGGUGUCUGUGAAUGAUGUUUUGUUCUUUUUUAAGCAGGAAACUUGUCUCUACUUGCCUAAGCUCUGGCUUGCUUUGUGUGCUUUGAACCCCUCAUGCGGGUAACAUGGCAUUAUAUAAUUGAACAUCGAUUGCAUGGCACUUUGGUAAUUGUACAUUUGUCCCAAAUGCACACACUGCAGAAGGCUUAAACGGGUGUUUAAUUCAAGCAAGGUGAUUCUUGUAAUCUUGUCUUUUCACAAAUGAAACAGCCUCCUACUGUACCUCGUAACAGUAAUCGCCCCCUAAAACAAAAGCACUUAAUUUUGGCAAAUUUUAUUUAGUCUUGAACUCUAAAGUGGUUUAACAGAGCAAGCUAGCAAUGCAGCACAGGUUGAGAACAAGGCAUUGUAUGUCAUUUUAUUUGUUUUAAAGAAAAAAAUAUUACAUCUAGAGAUGUUGAUUUCUAUUUUUAUUUUUUAGCCAAAAUAGGGACGGCAAAUACAAUUACCUUUUUUUCUGACUGUAAACUUUUACUAUUCUUGUACAUUAUGGAAUUAACAUUGUUAUCAAUGUAUAUAACUUUUUUUAAUAAAAUUAAAUGUUUGAUGGCUAUCGCUCCUGAAACUACCCCACUAUCUGAUCGAGGUUUCAGUUCACUUUUUUGGUGAGAAGCAGCACAGGUGAUGAUGAUGAUGAUGGUGGUGAUGAUAAUGAUGACAGGGCUUGCAAUGUCUGCCUUUUAGGCUUGUUAAUUCAAUCUGACUGCACCUUUUCAUCAAGGGUAACCCCAAACCCUCGCCCUUUAGUAAAAUGAAUUUUCACAUCCACUCUCUCAGUAUUUACUAUCACUUCUGUGACCUACUGGGAUGUCAAACGAAAUUCUAUUUGACCACCUUAGACCAAAGUGAUGAGUCCCUUUUUUAGAUUUGUUUUCCAAAACUGAAAAAAAAAAAAAAACUGGAAAAGAAAGACCACUGCACAUUCCUUCUGGAAGUGACUAAACAAGUGUAAUAAGCUACGGGGGAACAAGCCACGUUUAUAUAUCUUUAAUCUAUAUAAAUUUCCCAACAUUAUGAGGAUCUGAAGCUGAUCACCCUGUGAUUGCGAUAGCACAUGGUUCAGCAUGAAGGAGGUGUGAAUCACCAUGUGUGUGACUUGCAGGACACCCCUUGUGUGUUAAUGAACACACCACAGAAACUGAUCAUGUCCAAAUCACACCGACAUCAUGGGCAUAUAUUAUGAAAUGCCAUUUCUUUGCUGAAACCUGUCACGUAUGUUUUUUUUGUUUUUUGUUUAUUUCCCCUUUGUUUCGUUUUUAAAUGUGUAGUCCAUGUUUAAAGUUUGACGUGUGUUGGAAGGCAAGUGGUUGAAAAAUUAUUAUUUUCUAUGUUGAAAAGUGAAGGGAGCCGGUAGUUAUGCCCUUUUUUCUUAGCAGCCUGCACCUACUCAUACAUACUCGCCGCUCUCCAGCUCAAACACAUCUUUUUAAAGAGGAAACACAAAAAAAAACAGGAUUUCUAUCCUUCCGAACUCUGUGUUCUUCAAAAUGCUGCUGCUCUUCUCUGCACACACAGUGCUGAAAGUUGUGUGUCGUAUUGGUAAAAGACCUCUCUCUGUUCUUGUCUCAUGUAUUGUGUAGGUGACACAGAUGUAUGAUCAAAUACAUUGUGUACACAUUGUUUGUUGACAUGGAUUCAUAUGCAGCCACAGGCUUUGUGUAUGAGUUCAUGGUUAACCCACUGACGGCUACAAAGAUGCAUCGUCACACUGGAUCCAAAUGGGCCACUCUAUAUGAGAUAUGAAAUACAAGUCUGUCAGUAUAUGUUGACACACACUUACACGUACACACACAUUCUCAGUAUGUUUUUUACACAGAUGCACAUUCUCGCUCUCUCUCUCUCAUGCACACACACACACACACACACACAAAUCUACAUUUAUUAUCUCACACAGACCACUCACACAGAAUCUAAAUGUGCCAUGAUUAGAUAACGCUUGACAAUUUAUUUUUUCUAUGUUUUCAAGAAGAGCCAAGCAGUGACAUGUACAGAUAAUGUUGAAAUGAUAUGAAAAUAAAUCUUGCUGUGUGUAAAUUAUUCAACAAUUAACUGUUUAUAUUAAAAUUAUGAAUAAAAUGA